AUGUUGUCUCUUGAUCUUCCACAAAAUAUGAGCAUUGAGCCAUGGAUAUCGCCACUUGUGAGAUUGUUUGUUUGGGAUGGCUUCUUGCAGAUAUGGGCGUUCACAUAUCUCAGCCCAGUGGCGGAUGUGUGUGGUGCCCAGGGGGUCCCGGGCCACUGCUCCGCUUUGGAUAAAAGUGGGUCUUUUUUUGGAAGAACAAGCAUCACUAAAUCAAGUGUUGGAGAAUCCAUCAAAAGACCAUGCUCCAAUGAUUUAAGUUUUGAAGUAUCCUCUAAAAGACCAUAUCCUUCUAAUCAAUCAUUCCCUUCGGUGUCUAAUGUAAAUCCACAACCUACAACUACUCCAAUUACAAAUGUUGAAUUGAAAGAUCUUCCAAAAGACCCGGGUGAUACAUCCUCUUUGACUCUUAAAGCAGCUAUAGAUGUCUCAGGUAAGAGGACAAGAUUACGAUGGGGCAAGCAAUACGCGUGGUGCAUUUAAUGGUCUAAAAGCUUUAAUUUUGCAAGAUAAUGAUUCAGCGCAUUAUGUGCAUUGCUUUGCACACCAAUUUCAGUUAGUUAUUGUGGGUGUAGCAAAGAAGCAUGAUGGUGUUGAUGAUUUCUUUGAGCAACUUUCUUUGGUGGUUAAUGUGGUAGGUGGUUCAUGUAAAAGACAAGACAUGCUAUGGGAAAGUCAAAGAGAAAGGGUGAAAAUGUCAAUUGGAAAUGGUGAACUUGAAACUGGAAGAGGGUUAAACCAAGAAAGCUCUCUUAUUGGAGCAGGAGAUACAAGAUGGGGUUCACAUUUCAAAACCAUCACAAGUUUGAUGACUUAUUUCCGGAGGUUCGUCAUGUUCUUGCUUAUGUUGAAGAGGAAGGAUCCACUUUAAGUAACCGAAAUCAAGCAUUUGGUAUCUUAAAAUAUUUCAAGACAUUAGAUUUCGUGUUUUACUUACAUUUGAUGUAUGCAAUUUUACACCUCACGAAUGUAUUGUCAAAGCAUCUUCAAAAAAAGGAUCAAGAUAUUUUAGAAGCAGCUUCUUUGGUUAGAGGGACAAUUGACGCAUUGAAGUCUUUAAGAGACACGGGGUUUGCUAAACUUUUAUCGAAUGUAUUCUCUUUUUGUCAAAAACAUGAUAUUAAUAUUGUGGAGAUAACGGAAAAUUAUGUCACAUCAAGAGGCCGUAAGACUAAAAUUACUAAUCAAUUUCAUUUUGAAGUUGAAAUUUUCAACACCGUCAUGGAUAUGCAAAUUAUAGAAUUUGGGGACCGAUUUAGUGAACUUAACACCCAAUUACUAGAAUACAUGGGGGCUUUGAGUCCUUGUGAUUCAUUUGCUAAAUUUAACAAAACAAAGUUGUUAAAGUUGAGUGAGUUAUACACAAAAGAUUUUGAUGAUGCGGAGAGGAUGCAACUUGAUGGUGAACUUGAAAUAUAUUAUCACGCUUUGUAUAAAGAUGACCGGUUCACUAGUUUGCAAGGAAUUUUCGACCUUUCUCGUUUGAUGGUGGAAACGGGGAAACAUCGGUCUUAUACUAUGGUUUAUAGGUUGUUGAAGUUGGUUUUGGUUUUACCCGUUGCAACCGCAACGGUUGAAAGAUGUUUUUCAGCGAUGAAGUUUUUGAAGACGGAUUUGCGUAACAAAAUAGGUGAUGAUUUUUUGAACGAUGCCAUGAUUUCUUAUGUUGAAAAAGAAGCACUUAUGAAAGUGAAGAUCGAAGAUGUAAUGGAUCGGUUUCAAAAAAUGUGUACCCGUAGAUGUCAAAUUUAGAUAUUAAGAUAUAAUGGAUCGAUUUG